AAAGCUUCCUGAUAACUAUCAUGCCUAGCAGUCUCGCCGCACGCAAGGGCGCACUCGCUUCCAAACUAUCUUCGAGGCCUGCGAAGAAGGCGAAACUUGAAGCAAAACUAAAGCCGAAAGUCGCUCGCAAGGGAACUCCACCACCAAAAGCUUCCAAGGCAUUCAAUGGCUCAGAAAAAGUACAUAAUGUGACCCCCAAAUCAGAGCCGAAAGGCAAGGGAAAAGCCAAAGCUGUCGCCGAAGAUACGACUGGACGAGCUCAGGCUACGCCACUUCCCACCUCCUUCAAAGUGAUCGCCGGGUCAUAUGAAAAGUUGCUCUAUGGACUCGAAGGGACCGUCUCGGUUGAAGACUCCGACCUUAAGUUCAAGCUGAAACCACUUUUCAUUUUCCCUGCACAUAUAUCCUGCAUUAAGGCUGUCGCUGCUUCUCCCAAUGGAGGCAAAUGGCUGGCUACCGGAAGUGCAGAUGAGAUUGUGAAGGUGUGGGAUCUACGGAGACGGAAGGAAAUUGGAGGUCUGAUGCACCAUGAAGGGUCUAUCACACACCUCGAGUUUCCCUCACGUUCACAUCUACUCUCUGCAUCCGAAGAUGGGCACAAGGGUAGCGUGAACUCUGUUGCUAUUCAUCCUUCUGGCAAGGUUGCACUUAGCGUUGGAAAGGACAGAACGCUUCGAAUGUGGGACCUCAUGCGCGGCAAGGGUACUGCAAGCACAAAACUAGGCAAAGAGGGAGAGCUUGUCAGGUGGUCAGUCGACGGCUCUCGGUUUUUGGUGCAAACGCAGUCAACGAUAGACAUCUAUUCUACGGAUAUGGACCUACUGCAUACCAUAAUCCAUCCCUCGCGUUUGCACGACGUCAAGUUCUGCAAACGCGUAAACGGCGAAGGAGAAGUCCUAUUUGCCGCAGCCGAGGACAAAAAGCUAUCUGUCUACGACGUCCCUAGUGACGAAGACACACCACCUACGGUCAUCGCUGAGCUUAUCGGUCACACUAACAGGGUAAAAGCCGUCGACGCUCUUCAAAUUGCUCUUCCAUCGAUACCCAACUCUUCUCGGACCUCAACCACACUCGUCAGCACCAUUUCAUCCGACGGCAAGAUUCGCAUCUAUGAUCUAGCAUCCUUACCUACUGUCCCGACGAACGGAGAGAAAACACAGCUUACGCCUGUGGCAGAGUAUGACACGAAAGGCAGUCGUCUGACUUGCGUCACCCUGGCUGAUGGCGAUAUCGCUAUCCCUCAAGCAGCUAAUGUAAAUGGGAAGCGGAAACGCGGAGAGCAGGAUAAGGAUGAGGAGGGUGAAAGUGAGGAAGAGGCGUGGAGUGCGCAAGAGGAGUCGGAAGGUGAUGAGGACGAGGAUGAGCUGGAAGGGGAGGGCGAAGAGGAAGAUGAGGGAGAGUAUGAGAGUGCAUAGUUUGACACAUUUGCUAGUGACUGCGUUUGGAGAUACCAAUACACUAUCGUUACUUGCUAGUCAAUCAACCCGCGUGGUGGUCCGCCUCACGAUCUGCAUUUGACUACGGCCCAUGCUGAAUGCAACCCUUGCCUUGCUGCAUGGCAGAAUAAACGAAUGGCACUUUGAGAA